AUGCCCAGCUACCGUAUGCUAACCCUGCUGCUCUUCAUCCUCAUCAACGACGCCGUCAUCGGCGACAAUCUCGGCAACCCGUCGGGCCCUUUCGAUCCACCCACGGACGACGAGCCCUACGCGACGUUUUCCGUCUGGUGGUAUGGCCUGGUCAUCGUGACCGCGAUUCUCUUGCUCCAAUGGGCGAUUCGUCGCUGUAUCCCAUGGGCAUCCCGCUGCAUCAUUUGGGGGCCAUCGCCGAACGGACGAUGGGCGCCGUGCUUCCUCGCCGGCUGGUUCUCGCCAUGGGAGUACAGGUUCCAAAGGUUGGACGACGUCUUGCAAUUU